CUCUCUGUAGGAUUGUAUUAGUGUGAAUCUGUAGGAGGAGAUAAAGAGAUAAAAAUGGCGGCUGCAAGAAACAAGUUCAUACUCUUUGGACCCUAUAACAGAGAAGAACGCCAUGAGCCUGGCUCUGCGGUCACUCUCUCCUGUCACCUGUCACCUGAAAUCAGUGCUGUUGCCAUGGAGAUCAGGUGGUUUAUGGAGACGGACUGUGUUUGUCUCUAUAAGAACAUGCAGGUGACAGAGGGGAGGGGCUACGAGGGCAGAGUGAGUCUGUUCACUCAGGAGCUGCAGAGAGGAAAUGUCUCCUUACAGAUCAGAGACUUCAGAUGGUCAGAUGAAGGAGAUUAUCUGUGUCAGGUCAGCAAUGGAGACACAACAGAGGAGUGUGCAGUAAGAGUGUCAUCAUGGGAUAAACCAUAUUUCUGUGUCUGGCAGAGUAACAGAGAAUGGACAGAAGAGGAGAGAAAGAAAAUGAAGGAAUCUGUUCUGCUGACCGAGUUCUCAGAAGAAGCCAAACUUCAUAAAGAUAAAGAGAGCAUUUCAAUGGAGAGAAACGUACAGCUGAUGGAGAAAGAAAAACAAAUUCAAGAGGAAGAAAAACUUCUGACAAUAAACACAGAGACACUUCAGAUGAAGGAAAAGAUGCUGGAAGAGAAGGAUAGACUUCUCAGAGAGACAAAAGAAAAACUGGAACAAAUGACCAAAGAGACUCAGAUACAGCUUAAAGAUAAAGACUCACAACUGGAGAAUCAGAUCAAACUGCUGAGAGAGAAAGAGACUCUACUGGAGGUCACAGUGAAAGAGGUGGAAAGCAGUAAAAAGCAGCUGGAGACUCUGAGAAAGGAACUGCAGGAGAAAGACAGACUUCUAGAGGAGAGAAACAAGCAGCUGCAGGAGAGAACAGAUCCAGACUCAGCAGCUCCAGCCAGGAGGAGACAUAGCAAAGACAAACCUCCAAUCAUGAGUGGAGAGACUCCAGAAUCUGCAGCACCACUCAGGAGAAGAAACAGUCUGCAGGGAAGUCCUCCACAUAUGAGUGGAGAAUCCUCUAGUUCAGCCUCUCCAGAGUCAGUUCCUGUAGCAGAGCUCAGGCUGGUGCUGCUGGGGAGGACUGGAUGUGGGAAGAGAGCAGCAGGAAACACCAUCCUGGGCAGAGAGGAGAGGAGCCAGGCUGGAGCGUCUAUAGUGAGGCAGCAGAGUGAGAGCAGACAGGGGGAGGUGGCUGGGAGGCAGGUGACUGUGGUGGACACUCCUGACUGGUUCUGUCCUGGACUCUCUCUGGAGGAGCUGAGACAGGACGUGGGACUCUGUGUCCAUCUGUCUACCCCAGGACCCCACGCCUUCCUCCUAGUCAUACCAGUGAAGCAGUCUACAGGAGAGGAGAGAAGCAUGCUGGAGAAAAUGGAGGAGAUCUUUGGAGAGAGAUGUUGGAGGAACACCAUGAUCCUUUUCACUGUUACUGAUGAAGUCCAAGAGAAGAACAUUGAAGAGUUUAUCCAGUCAGGAAACCAGGAGGUCCAGAGACUUGUAGAGAAAUGUGGGAACAGGUUUCACUGUCUCAGCAUUAAGGAGAGUGGAGAUGGUUCUCAAACCUCAGAGCUGCUGGAGAAGAUAGAUAAGAUGGUGGAAGGAAACAGAGAGAAAUUCUACAGCAGUGAGAUCUACCUGGAGACAGAAUCUCAGAUCAGAGAGAUGGAGAAAAGAAUUGUGAGAGAAAAAGAGGAGAUAAGAGAGAAACAAGAAAGAGAAACUAGAGAGAAACUGGAGAGAUGUGUACAGGAGACUUUAAUGAAGUUUGAGGAAUUAACAGCUAAAUAUCAGGUACAAAUAAAUCAGCAUGAAGAGCGAAUAACUAAACUUGAGAAAGAGUUAAAAGAGGAAAGAGAUGAUCAGAAAAAGAUACAGCUGAAGAGACAGCUAGAAAGAGAGAUUCAGCAGAGGAAGGAGGUUCAGCUUGAGCUAGAAAGAGUGAGAGAAGAGACUGAAAAAGAGAGGAGAGAGAUGGAGGAGAGACACAGACAGGAGAUGGAGGAGAUCAGGGAGACGUAUGAAGGAGAAGCCAGAAUGGAGGCAGAGAGGAACCUCAUGAAGAUCAUCCUGCCUGAACUCCAGAGAAAUAUUUUAAUAUCAAAGUCAAAGAUGCAGGAAGAGUUCAGGAGGCAGAUGGAGGAGAAGGACAGAGAGUUGAAGACACUGGUGCAGAGAGUGGGAGCACUUAGUAGCCUGUUACAGGUGGAGGUCCAUAAGUACAUUGGAAAUCAGUAAGAUCAAUAUGCUGAAAAAGCUCCUGUAUUGCUGAACAUACAGACUGGAUAGAAAGAGCUUGGUGGGUUUAAGCACUGUUUGUUAUUGUAAUAUUACUGAUGUGAUGCUUUCUGUACAGACAGUCUUUUUUUUAUUUAUGCUCUUAUAUCUUUUUUAGAGAUACACUCUACCAUUAACUCAUAUCAGUGAUACUGAUGCGAAGGUGUUAGUGGUUUUGUGAAAGAUGAGAACUUCAGUAUCUUGUAUAGUCUGUGUGACAGAUACCGUACAUUACUGUGACUUACUUUUGAAUUAGUGAUUUGUAAACAAAAUGUCCUGCAGAAUCAGUCCUGGACCUCACUACUUCUGACUCCAUUCAGCAGGUCAUUCAGCAGGUCAUUCAUUUUGCACCUUCGUGACUGCAGAAUCACCUUAAUGACUCAUCAGCUACCAUGAACUGAAACACUAAAGCAAAGAGUGGAUCCAGUGCUGGUUUCAUUGUAUUAAUGUGCUGAACACUGAUCAGGCUGGUGAUUGUGUUUCUCACUGCAACCUUUUGUAAGCUUUGCACUUUCAAACUAAUUGGUGCUCUUCCCCAAUGUGUAGUGUUAUAGUUUUAAAAAUAAUGGUUUAUACACUUGGUAUUCAUAAACAAGCAGUACCUGUUUAUUGUUGUGCAUACCAUAGUUUUCAGGUAUUUAAUAAAAUAAGCUAAUACGUUUUAAA